AUGCCAAGUCCAUACACUCCAGCGGCCUACAGCGAUGUUGGUCCAGAAAUUGACCCUAAUUGGUUCUCAAUGCAGCCGACUAUCGAGACAGAGUACUUCUCGCAAGGCAUCGCGCGAGCUCAGACAUUCCCGACACACAUCGAGGACAUCCCGUCGAUUCACAUCACUUCUCACGAUACUUCUCCAAUUGGCACUCCAGCAAUGCAGCCUACGUUCGCGCUGCCGAUUCGGGCUCAAGAAGAGCUUCCAGCUCUCCAGAUGUCUGCCAAUACCAGCAUUCAGAUGGACUACUACAGCGAGUUCCUAUCGCCAACCGAUCGUCCUCCACCUGUGUUUCGACGCGACUCAGUCAGCUCUGCACACAGCAAUGCUAGCGGUCUCAGUAAUGAUAGUGUCGUCAAUUGGUCGAACAAGGUACGUCCGGCCAAGCGAAGACACACGACGUGCUCGAUCACUCAACCAACAGCAUCUUCGAAUGCGGAGCUGGGCUGGAUGCUGAACUCGCCACGCACAGCAAGCUAUUUGAAAGUGUAUUUCGAGCUUGUGCAUCCCAGAUACCCAUUCCUGCAACUCGAAUCUCAAUCUCACGCGCAGGACGCGUCGCCCUUCGUGCCAUCCUCUGGUACCAUCAAGACCAGCCAGCGUCUCCUAAGUGCAGCCAUUGGAGCUAUGUUUCAUCAUAACUCCCGCGACAUUGCGGCCCGCUAUGUCCGGCAUGCUAUGCAGCUGCAUAAGCGCGAAGAGCUGGAUCUGUUCUCCUCCAUCUCUGGCAUCCAUUGCGCCAUGCUGCUGGCUAUCUACGCACAAGCAGAGUCUCAACUGGAGUUUGACAACGAGGAAGAGGAUGUCAGUCACCCGACCAUCAAUCUGUGGUUGUGGAACUGCCAGAUUGCAGCCGCAUGCAUAGACCUGGGACUGCACCUGUGGGUGGACGAGAUCUCGGGAUCUGGCAGCAUGGAAGGAGAGCUAUAUCGCAACACCUUCCAGAGUGCAUGGACACUGGAUCGGGAGAUUAGUCUGGAGAAAGGCCGGCCGAGGGCGUUGCAUGCCGAGGACGUCAGUCCGCAAUUAUUAGCCUGGUUUGCAUCGAGAGGAUGUUUGCAGCCUUGA